AUGCUAUGCCUCAUCCCGCGAUACUUGCCCACUCUCCUCCUCGGGGCAGCACGCCUCGCCCACGCCCUCACCAUCCCCUCCGCCGCCUCCUCCUCCGCCUCCUCUGGCGACGCCUCCUCGUCUCGCAACGACACAGCAGGCGGCAUCUUCAAGCGCUCCGCCUCCUACAACUGGUGUGGCCCCGUCAACUUUGGCUCCGGCAUCACCUCCGUCGAAGCAACCUGGGCCGUGCCGAAAGUGUCCCUCCCCAGAGGCGGCUGGCCCAGUCACGACUACCAUUUCUACCAGUGGGUUGGCCUGGACGGGACAAAGGGCUGCGGCGCUCUGCUGCAAGGAGGAACAGGACAGACCAUUGAGAAUGGCCACGUCUCGUACUAUACGUGGUUUGAAUUCUGGCCCUCGCCUCCCGUGUACGGCCAUGUGGAAAUUUCCCCCGGGGACACCGUCCACGUUCGCGUAAACGCAACGUCCGCCGAGAGCGGGAGAAUAUAUUUUGAGAACAAGUCCACCCGCGAGAGGUACACCGAAGUGGUCAAGUCGUCCGGGGCGUCGCUGUGCUUUGCGACGGCCGAAUGGAUCGGCGAGAACCCGAGCAUCCCGCCGGGGCAGUUCCCGGCCUUUUCCCAGUACGACUUCACCGGCUGCCGGGCGCAGACGUCUUCCGGCGCUGUUCUUGGUCUCCCUGGGGCGGACGACUGGAUCAUGUUCAGGGGAGAGGAAAGGCUCUGCCAUCCCGAGCGAAGGGGGGAUUUGACCACGAGCAUCAUCUAUGGGUAG